AUGCCCGUUGCCUUCACCAUGCUGGUAAACAACUGUCUUGCUGCUCUUCACUGGAGAGCCUCCCGAUCCGGAGCAGACAUUGUCGAGGACACUGUGGUGCACAUUGAUCGCGACAAGAAAGAGGUGCAGACCAAAGGAGGAGGACGUUUCUCGUUUUCCAAUCUGAUCAUCACCGCGGGGCCAUGGACGAACCAGGUUCUGUCGAAUGCAGGGCUUCCAGGCGUUCCCAUGAUCGUGUCGAAUGAGCAAACCGUUGAGCUUGGCCCUAGGCCUGGUGCACCCUCCUAUGACUGGGACGUCUUUCCGGUGUUCACUUGGAGUGAAGCUGGUUACAAGGGCCGUGGCAAGGAUGGUGGUUGUGAAUAUUUCUACACCACGCCACAUGUAACACAUCCAGGCGUGCCAUCGGGUGGAGUGAAGAUUGGUUUCCAUCGGCAGGGCCCGUUGCUAAACACCGACGAGUUUCAAGUGUCUUCCGGUGGCAAGGCUGCUGUGGACAAGCUGCCGCACAUCCGCAAGGAGUUGAACAGCGAGCAACAAUUUGAAUUGGACACGUUUGCCUGGGAAAGGGUUCAGGACUUUGUGCGCAAGAAAAUGCCGAGCUUAAAUGCGGAGCAGUAUGUCGGCUACAUGCGGUGCCUGUACCAGUGUACCCCAGACCUGCAUAUGAUUCUUGGCCGUCAUCCAGCAGACCCCUCCAUCGUUUUCGCGUGCGGCUUUUCGGGAUCUGGCUUCCAGUUCGCACCUGCCAUUGCUAACGUGCUAGCCGCUUUGAUAGACAACAGUGUCACGGAGCAGCAGUCAGCCAUAUUGAAGAAGUUUGAUCCCGGACGCUUCCAGCUCUGA